AGUGUUCUCCUAUUUUCCGGCUCCGCCUUUUCCGGUUGUAUCAAGUGUCAAAGGUGAGAGCUCGGCCUGACAGCCAGUAUGUUAAGUGUAACCAGAUCGGCAUCAGCCCCGAAUUUCAGCGUUCGUUCCCUUGAAUCCCUGUGCUCGAAGAACCGAUACGAGGCGGACUCCCGUCUUUAUGAGGAGGAGGAGUAUGUGGAGCAGGGCACCUCCAUACCCAAGCUGCAGCCGCGGCGGCAACCCUCGGCCUGCCUCUUCCGCACCUACGUCUGCCUGCUGCUGGGCAUCCAGGUGACGCUCUCCUCGCUGCAGUGGCUAGGCUCCACCUACCGGUGGCGCCCCCAACUAAGUCCGGCUAACCGCAGCCUGUCCGUUCUGCUGUUCCUGCUGUCCUGGUUGAAUCUCACAUUGGCCUUCAUCGGUUUCCGGCGGCUGCAGUUCACCUUUCCCUUGAACUGGAUCAUCUUCGGCUGCAUCUUCGAGAGCCUCACGCUGCUGGUGGUGUGCUUGCACAUCCUCGAAUUGGACAUCACCUGGCCAUUUGUCCUGAUCGGGAUUGGUGUGCUGGUCGUGUACACGCUGCUGGGUCUCUGGGUGCCGGGCUUCCUCACCGCCAACCUCUGGAUCCUCAUCCUGGCCAGCAUUGUGGUGUUUGUGGUAUCCACCGUGGCCCUGUGCGUCCGCCUACAGAUGUGCUACUACGUCCCGGCCAGUGUGUGUCUGGUCUUCUUCGGUCCCUGGGCCAUGUUCAAUUCGCAGAAGCUCUUCCUGCCCCACCAGCGGACCGGCUAUCUGCCACAUCAGUACUUGGAGGCGGCCGCCAAGAUGUUUAUCAACUACGCCUUCACCGUCAGCGGCCUUGUCUUCGCCCACCGCUUUUCGGUGGACGCUCUGGAUGCCCAAUGAUGAUGUUAGUUGGGUUCAGGUGGGAUCUGGUUUAAGGGGCUACCGAACUGGUGCUGAUCUUAUUUAUAUUUCGAUUUUUUGUAAGUCUUUAAUUAAAUUGUCACGUGUUUUUAUUUUAAA